AUGCAAAAGUUGAAAAUGAAGAAUGAAAUGGAAGCAAUUUCAAAAAUGAAAAAUAAAGUUGGAGUAGAAGAGCUGAAAGAAGAUGGCGCUAAAUUUAGGCUUGGACGAUUUGGUGCCCAGUUUUUUGCCCCAGUAACAAAUGAGCCAAGUGAUAUUUCAAGUGCUGGUGAUGAUGAUGACGAUGAUGGUGAUGAAGAAGUGGAAUCAGAGGAUUCUGAAGAUGAGAAAUAA